CUAUUUCAAAAGUUUUGGAUGGCAACCGACUUCAAUGUAUUACUUUAUCACUUUAACCCCUACAACUUGGUUAGUUAUUGGGGCAUGUGUUAUAAUCUUAUGCAUCGUUUUGUGGGCAACACUGAAACUUCUGGCUAAGUUGGAAAAAAGGCAACGAAAUAUAUCCCUCGCAAGUUGUUUUAUAGCAACUAUAAGUGGAUAUUUGAAUCAAGGGUACAUUAUCGCAACUGCUAUCAGUGCCAAUUUGGUGGCUAAAAUAACAACAUCCUAUGAAUAUUUUCCAAUUAAAGAGAUUCACGAAUUGGAAAAUCAACAAAAAUAUGGUUUGUGUAUUCGAACUGGAAGUUACGGGUUUAAUAAUUUUUCACGUUAUGAAGAUGGUAAAAAGCUCCUUUUAGACAAAUGGAUAAAUAUCGUAAACGUACCAGAAUGUGGAAAUGUCAAUAAAGAAGAAGUGCUGGUAACUAAACCGUGUAGAGAUAACUUGUUUCAUUUAGAAAAUGUUGCGAUAAUGGAAUAUCUAUUGGACAACAAAAUUAUUUCUUGUGAAUUAACAGAGUUACCACAAAAGUUAUUCAAAACAGACAAUUCAAUAAUACUAAAUAAGUUUGCAGAACGCAGACUCAAUGACACACUAAAUGUAGUAUAUCUCCAAAUGUUGGAGUCUGGUAUACGCAAUCGAAUAAAAAGCCAAUGGUUGCAAAGAAAAAUUCAGGAAGACAAUAAAAAAGUAUUAUCUCCCGUCACUAUGCAACAUAUGAGGGGAAUAUUCAUAUUAAAUGUAUUUUUUAUGUUUGAGAUAUUGGUGUUUAACGCGAACAAUAAUUCAAAAUCCACAAAACCAAAAAAGUUGCAAAAAAUUAUAAUAAGCAAACCAUAA